AUCAGAAAUGUUUUUUUUUUCCAAAGUUUGUUCUUUUAUCCAGAUACUCUGUUUUUUUUUUUAAACGUUUUUAACCAUUUUCAAGGAAAGACAGAAUCAGUGAAACUUCUGUAAGCGACGUCAUUUAGGAGCUACAGUAGGAUCUAAUCAGUCUCUCUUUUAAUCAACCACAAAGGAGGGAAGAAAGAAAAGAAGCAAAUGGGAGGAGUAGUAACUUGGGAUAGAGGAAGUAACCAAUGCUAAGGAUAGAGUGUUUCCAGUGUCUUGGGAUUCAAAAUUUAAUCAAAUUUCCAGUGAGGAAGCUAUUGAAACUGCAAAGCAACUAGCCCUCCAAGAAGGCUUGUUGGUUGGUAUAUCUUCCGGAGCUGCAGCUGCUGCUGCAAUCCAGGUCGCAAAGAGACCUGAAAAUGCCGGGAAACUCAUAGCUAGCUGUUGUGUUCCCUAGCUUUGGGGAACGUUACCUUUCCACCCUGCUUUUUCAGUCUAUCCGAGAUGAGUGCGAGAAAAUGCAGCCUGAGCUUUAAAUUUCUCUGUAAAUUUUUUCUUGACGACAAGGAACUCUUCUUUCAUUUGCAUUUGCAAUUGCAAUGUGAAUGUGCAAAUCCCAUAAGGCCAUAACUGUAAACUGUCCCUUGGUAUUCUAUACUUAAGUUUAUCUGGAAACUUGUGUAGCUUGCUCCCAAUGAAGUCCGAAUUAAAUUGCAUGACGAGUCUUUUGGGUUCCACACAAGAUAAGAGUAACCUUAUAUAUGUUCUUUCUUACUCUGUCUUUCUCUCUUCCCCCGAAACUAUGGUACCUGCUUCUUCUAGAGAGAUGAUAAGAGCAGGAUCAGUGGGAACAAGAGCGACAUACGACGAGCCAUACGACGAAAAUUGGGAGGAGACAGCUGAUACUGAAUGGGACGAGAAAGGACGCACUAUGAUCUCUCACAUAUACGUUUCUUACAAACACUUCAUAACAUCUAUUCAGUUUGGUUACUUGAAUAGCGAAGAUGAUGAAGCUCUGACCCUAUCUACGGAGUUUGGUCCAUCUAAUGAGGGACACAGCUUUCGAGCUGUCAUACUGAAAGAAGAUGAAUAUGUGACUGGAUUGAGUGGAGUACAUGGAUAUCGAGUGCAUGAUGGAAUAAAAAGUUUGACAUUCCACACUAACUGUGGGAAGCACGGUCCGAUUGGAAGAGUGAACGAUGACUCUGUGGUUGGUUUGAAGAUAGAUAUUGAUCCAGGAAUACGUGAUCGACGCGAGUUUGGUGGUUUCUUUGGUUCUUACAGUAAGGAUAAUCUCUCAUCGAUUGGUAUCUAUGUAAGCCCCAUUGCUAGGUACGACAUGGUGGCUAAACGUGAAAACAUUGGACCCCCUCCAAAGAAAGCCUUGUAGCAGCAGCCUUACAAUAGUUGUCUUGUUCAGUUUGUUGUUUAGUUUUUCUCUUUAAUAAAGUAAGAGCAUUAGUGAAGAAGACAUGCAUUAGUGUAAUCUUUCUAUUUUCUACGAAUUAAUAAUGUUUCUAUUAUGGAUGUAGUAAACAUCAACUGGUAUAAAUGUGUGCCUACUAUCACAGUUCUUGAUAAAGUUCAUUUUCCUGUUUGGUUUC